AGCCGUCUGGAGGAGAAGUUCUUGGAGGAGAACAUCUUGCUGUUGCGGAAGCAAUUGAAUUGUUUGAGGAGAAGAGAUGCUGGCUUGUUAAAUCAGUUGCAGGAACUUGACAAGCAAAUAAGUGACCUGAGAUUGGAUGUAGAAAAGACAUCUGAGGAGCACCUGGAGACAGACAGCCGGCCUAGCUCAGGGUUUUAUGAGCUGAGUGAUGGGGCUUCAGGAUCCCUCUCCAAUUCUUCCAACUCAGUAUUCAGUGAAUGUUUAUCCAGUUGUCAUUCUAGUACCUGCUUUUGCAGCCCCUUGGAAGCAAACUUGACUAUCUCAGACAGCUGCCCCAAAUCUGCAGAUCUCAUAGGAUGGUUGGAAUAUAAAGAAGGUCACUGUGAAGACCAGGCCUCAGGGGCAGUGUGCAGUUCCCUCUCCACACCACAAUUUAAUUCCCUUGAUGUCAUUGCAGAUGUGAAUCCCAAGUACCAGUGUGAUCUGGUGUCUAAAAACGGGAAUGAUGUAUAUCGGUAUCCCAGUCCGCUUCAUGCUGUGGCGGUGCAGAGCCCAAUGUUUCUCCUUUGUCUGACGGGCAACUCCCUGAGGGAAGAGGAGAGACUUGGGAGCCACGCCAGUGACCUUUGCGUCGGAUCUGAGGUAGAUGCCAUCAAAACAGACAAUUCCUUACCAUCUCCAAAUGGUCUGUGGUCUGCUUCUCAUCCUUCAUCCAGCAAAAAAAUGGAUGGCUACAUUCUGAGCCUGGUUCAGAAAAAAACACACCCUGUAAGGACCAACAAACCAAGAACCAGUGUGAAUGCUGACCCCACGAAAGGGCUUCUGAGGAAUGGGAGCGUUUGUGUCAGAGCAGCUGGCAACCUGUCACAGGGCAAUGGUGUAAACCUUAAGAAUUCGAAACCGGUGUGUUUGCCCUUGGGCGGGAUCCCAUCUUUGGACAAUGGGAUAUUCUCCCCACUGAAGCAGUGGUCAAAAGAAUCAAAGGCAGAACAACUGGAAAGCAAGAGGUUGCCCCCACCAGAGGGCUGUUCACCAGACGCUGCCUCCGAACUUCAGAGUAAGCAUCUGCCCAAAACUGCCAAGCCAGCCUCUCAAGAGCAAGCGUGGUGUCCCACUGCUGGGACAGGAGAGUCCCUUAAAGAAACUAGUCAGAUCUCAGCUACUUCUCCCAAAGAGAGCCCAGGCCGAGGGCCCGCCCCGCUGCAAGAGAACAAAGUUGUCCAGCCUCCGAAAAAGAUGGCCCAGAAAAACGGCCUUCAGAGUGUCCCUCCAGCCGCUCCACCGCCUCUGUUGCCUCCAGCUUUCCCCAAGGAGGAGAGGCCUGCCUUGGAUUUCAAAAGUGAGGGCUCUUCUUCCCAAAGCCUCGAGGAAGGGCAUCUGGUCAAAGCUCAGUUCAUCCCAGGCCAGCCGCCCAGCACCAGGAUCCACCGGGGACACAGGAACGUGGGUGCGGCGAAAAGCUCCACACUGAAGCACCGCGGCCAGGCCCUGCAGGGGCUGGAGAACAGCCUGCCCACCGUCAGAGAGAAGACCCGGGCGGGAAGCAAGAAGUGUCGCUUCCCCGACGACUUGGAUACAAAUAAGAAACUCAAGAAAGCCUCUUCCAAGGGCAGGAAGAACGGCGCGGGGCUGCCUGAAGCGGGACUUCCCAGCAGGCCUCUGGGCAGUGGCCACAGGGCGGGGCCUAGGGCACAUGGCCACGGACGGGAAGCGGUGGUGGCCAAACCUAAGCACAAGCGAACUGAUUACCGGCGUUGGAAGUCCUCCGCCGAGGUGUCCUAUGAAGAGGCGCUCCGGAGGGCCAGGAGGGCUCGCAGGGAGCACGCGGGCGUGUACCCGGCGCCGGUGCAGCUGCCCUACACCAGCCCGUACGCCUACGUGGCCAGCGACUCGGAGUACUCGGCCGAGUGCGAGUCCCUCUUCCACUCCACGGUGGUGGACACCAGUGAGGACGAGCAGAGCAAUUACACCACCAACUGCUUCGGGGACAGCGAGUCCAGCGUGAGCGAGGGUGAGUUCGUGGGGGAGAGCACCACCACCAGCGACUCUGAAGAGAGUGGGGGCUUAAUUUGGUCCCAAUUUGUCCAGACGCUCCCAAUUCAGACGGUCCCGGCUUCAGACCUUCACAACCACCCCACAAAAACCUUUGUCAAAAUUAAGGCUUCGCAUAACCUCAAGAAGAAAAUCCUCCGCUUUCGGUCUGGCUCUUUAAAGCUGAUGACCACGGUUUGAGUGACGCCGUUGGUGUGGGAAGUCUUUUUUUCCCCCUAGUUACCAGGAAGAAAACAAACAAAAACAAAAUGAAAGGGUGGCAUUUUAGAUUUUGUGUAAUAAUUUCAUGGAAUGCUUUCUUUUAUUAAGAUAAAACCAAGAUAAAUGCUGUCUCAUCUUCAUCACGUGUGGACAUUAGUGCCUUUAAUGGAAGGUAAAGGAUGUUUUGCUAGUUAGAAGUAAAUAUUUGAGGUUGUAAUGGUGGUGAUAGUUUUGUGGUAUCAGCGGAUUUUUAGUUUAAGUUUUCUGAGCAUCUGGCAAGGUACAGGUUUUGAUGUUCAGGUUUUAUUGGUAUGCGACCUUUUGAUGCCAAGGUCAGGUGGAUGGAAUUUCAGGACAAAUAUUUGUUCCUUGAUUCUUUAGGGCAGUGUCUCCAUGAGGGUUUUCCUGUUGAUGGCCAUCACAUACAGUUGUGUGAAAUAUGUACGAGAGGCAUCCUUGUUUUCUCUAAUUUUUUGUAUAGUUUACAUUUCUCAGAUGCAUCCCCAUGUGCAUCCCCAUACUGUUUUCUUCUCAGAACCCUUCUGUUUACUGGACUCAACUUGUAGACAGUCUCUAAGUCCAGUGUUGGCAGCCUGGAUAGAGAAGCUGGUAAUAGCUUAAAAGGAUCACAGAAACUUUUACCACAGUGGUGCCUAGGCCCUGGUUGCAGAAACCCUUAUAGGGCUGUGUAUCCAACUCUGAUGCCUUUCUCUCCCUCCCUACUUUGUAGGCAGUCGAACCCUUCCUUUCUUGGAGGACUUGCUUUGGAAUAAAAUUUUGGUCCUCGGGUACAGAAAACUUUGUUCUUAAUGAAAUAACCCUUGGCCGUGACCCCAAGCCCAGAAUUAUUCUCUGAGCACUGUGCCACCUACGCAUUGGCCUGAAUACGUUAGUGCAAUCCAGUCCAGAUUGGACCACUAUCUGGAAGGGCUUUUUUUUAAAAAAAAAGGUUUUUGGUAAACAGUAUUGUGUAAAAUUGCUUUUUUUAUAUCAAUAGUUGCAUGUUUUGUGCAUGAGUAGUAUUUGUUUUGAUAUUCCUGUUGGUGUUAAAUUACUGUAUGAUACAAAUAGUAUGUGUUUUUAUAUAUCAUUGUGUAAAUUUAAUAUAACACAUUAUAUCUGUAAUAAACAAUUUGUUUUACUGCUAAAUUUGUUAUUUGGGUAUAAAACCAAAUGUUUACACC